AUGAAGUGCUCCCUCCAUAGUUUGGGAAUUGUGACGGAGAACGGUAACAAAUGCCUCACGGUGAAAUCUACUCCGUUCCUCGCAGAAGAUGUAACGCAAGUUAUCCCUGAUGGCAAACUAUCCGUAACCGCCUGUAAACCGUCCAUACUCAUCGGAAACGAUUACUUCUCGGAUCUUGUACUCUCCCAUAACUUUUAUUACAAGAAUCUAUCGAAAGGACACCGCCUUCUUCACACGACUAUGAGAGACAUUAUCUUGAAAAAAGCUCUUGAUACCAAGCUCAAAGACUACAGCUUUGCCUCCAUCGAGAAUGAUGACAUCACCAACCCAGCAAACUAA